AUGGAAGAAAAACAGCUGUACGGUGCACUGACGGUGUACCGUGAGAGGGGACUGUAUCUCCGUCGAUUGGAACAGUUCGAAAAAUCUAAGGCCGCGUACGAUGAGGCGUUUAAAAACAAUCCGGAAGACGUGCGACUGCUCAUCGGGCGCAGCCAGGUGUGCGCGGACGCAGUGCGGCCGCAGCAGGCGUACGACGACGCGCAACUUGCGCUCAAGCUCGUGCCGGGCAACAUGAACGCACGCAACAUGCAAGCCAACGCCUUAUACACCAUGUCCGACUUCGAACGCUCGGUCGUCAUGAACUACCGCGGCUACAGGCUGCGGCGACAGCCACCCUACUUCUUAGAAGGUAUCAACCAAGGCUUGGAAACCAUACAGGAUUGUGUAGGCAAAAACUCGGGCCACGUCAUGUUAGAUUUCUUACCACUCAUCAAGCAAAAUGAAGCUCACAAGGUGGACGACACCGAACCUAAAAAAGUGCUUCGCGUGUCUCGCAUACCUUAUCCAGAAAAACACAAAAAACUCACGCAGUUAGAGACUCGUCAACAUAUGAUAUUAUCACGGGUGCUUGCGAAUAAAUAUCUAGGCCCUAUGGCUUAUGAUAAGUUUUUUCUCCAAUCUCUCGCUGAAGACACGCGGUUGAAGAGCGCGAAUUCCAAAGGUAGUCAGGAAUUGAAAGCCUUAGUAGACGAAACUUUAAGAUCAUUAUCUGAGCGACAAGAAAUGUUGCGGGCUCAACGACCAUACUAUACUAUAAAGUUAGCUGAAAAAUCCGAAUCCAAACAUCAAACUCAGUACAGAAAACAGUUAUUGAUCAAUGAACGCCAAAUAAAUACCCGUACAGCAGAGCGCUUAGUAAGACAGAUCGAAAAAUCUAUGAGAGCUGGUAAAGUCAUGGAUUUAAUUGCUAAAGCGGAACGUAUGCAGAUAUUCCUUGACAGCAAGACUCCGCACACUUUGCCAGAUAAAGAUCUCUUUAUAGACCGCUUGUAUAAGGGUGUGGGAGAAGGAUACCUGUCGCAACACAGGCUGUCGUACAAACUGAGCGAGCGAGGCAAUCGGCGCCGCAUCCAGUUCCUCAUGGGCCUCCCGGUGCCUCGGCCCACUUCUUUCGAUUCCGUGAUAGCGAAUUACCCCUUUAAGUUUGUUGAUACCAAAUACGCUACUGAAAGAGUCAUGGAAAAUCUUGAAAUGUGCGAAAAUUCGUUCAUGAAAUGUUGGUUGAUGUACGAGCUAGCUCGGCUCCUGACAAGUCAGAAGAAUUAUGCGCUGGCCAAGUUUUACGCCAAACGAUGUCAGCGUGAAGCGCAGAGUAUAGGCAGUGUAACGUGGUGGUUGAACGCGUGCUUUGUGUUAAUAAGCGGAGACAUGCAGCAAGGCAACACUAAUGAAGUGAAAGCCGCAGCUGACGAAGCGUUGGAUUGGACCAGGCGAGUGCAAGAUCCAGAGGGACUGCAAGCAUUUCUGACGAAAUGUGCGGAAUUAGCGGCUGAGACUGUGGCCGUAGAUGAAACGAAGGCUAUUGUACACCGUGAGAAACAAAUUCUGAAGAUUAUGGACGACGUUUCCCGCGUAGACACAGAAGUGUUGUUCAAGCGGAUAUCGACCGUGCCGGCAGGGCGUCGCUUCUCAGUGCUGCCGCGUAAGCCGGAGCACAUGCAGAUGACGUCAGAGCGGCGCCGGCGCAGGCAGCGCGGGCUCACCGUCAUACCGGGGAUGGAGAAGGGCUUACCUCCGGCACCUAAGUCUGAUACUCUCGGAUUCCAAAAAUUCGAUAUGUAG